AUGAAAAAGCCACGUGGCGGUCAAAUCGAAUCUAGUGCUCGAAGUGGUCCGAUGGAUAAACAAAACGAUGAACGACAGGACGGUGAUGGGAUUCUCCUACAAAGCUCUUGAUUUGUUUUUUCGCCGGGAGAUUUUUUUAUAGCGAAAAUCCCAGGAACCGAUCCCCGCACCUCCGCCACGCUCUUGCUCGGCCGCGUGACGGCCACCUUCCGUUCAUAGCGGCCGCCGGCCUAGGCCCACGGAAAGGGCUUUGCUUUCAGUCCCAAUUUGCAAUUCGACGAAUUUUGCUCAGUUGCCCAGUUCGAGCAGCGAAUCGAACGGUAAAAAAAGCGAAUCGAAAACCGACGACGACAGUUCCGUUUGGGGCGGACGAGGUUCGGGAUCCGACUGCCGUCCGAACGUGAAGUGAGAUAUUGAAAUGCUUAUUGAGAGGAAUGGGUGCUCAAUUCGAAUUGGCUUGCAACUGUGAUUCCUGAUAAGUUCGUGUCCAUCGCGUCGCAUCAUUUCAUUGGACGGCGGAGAUCCCACGACGAUCCCGUCCCUUCGCCCCCGCACAAAUUGCCGUCGCCAUGCACGUCCAAGACACGUAAUAUUAAAUUAGGACGAAAGCCAAGAAGGGGGGAGUGCUUGUAGUCGUAACGUCUCACCGUCCAUGUCUGCGUCCGUCACUCUCAGUCUCGCUAAUCUCGCUCGAAACGGGGCCAAGAAACGUCUCCCUCUCUCUCUCUCUCUCUCUGUGUCCGAGGAGCAUCUUCGUCGUCUACACGGUAGAUCAUCUGGUCUCGACCGCGCCAAGAAGGAAGAGGAACGAAGUCCGGGCAUCUAUCUGGUCGUGAGCAGACCUCGUAUCUCAAGAAGCUUGGAGGCGUUUGCUGGUGCUGGAUCGAUGAGCCUCGUCAAGACCCAGCAGAAUUACUCCGCUGUUCGCACCCUUUCGGUCUCAGCUCCUUCCUCCUCCUCCUCCUCCUCCUCAAUCUCCAGAUGUUCUCAAGGCCUCGCUCCUUCAGACAAUGCAACUUGUGGAGCACCUACUUGGAUUGGGAAAGGUCUCACAUGUGUUUGCUUUAAGCGAAAGGGGACAUAUGAACGCAUUUGUUUUCACUUGACACCCAUACAGGAGGAAAGGCUUAAAAGGUUGAAGUGUCGUAUGAAAGUAUUCUUUGAUGCUUCUAGGCCAGAUCACCAGGAGGCUUUGAAAGCUCUUUGGUCUGCUACAUAUCCCGAUGAGGAACUACAAGGCUUAAUAUCUGAUCAAUGGAAAAAAAUGGGGUGGCAAGGGAAGGAUCCAUCCACUGACUUCAGGGGGGCUGGAUUCAUUUCUUUAGAGAACCUGCUCUUCUUUGCGAAGACAUUUUCAAUAUCUUUCCAGCAUCUGCUGGAAAAACAAGGAGGAAAGCGAGCAGCAUGGGAGUACCCAUUUGCUGUUGCUGGUGUGAAUAUUACAUUCAUGAUCAUGCAAAUGCUUGACCUCGAUGCAUCAAAACCCAGGACAUUUGUUAGAGGAGUGUUUCUGCAGAUGUUGUCAGAGAAUCAGUGGGCGUUUGAUUUGCUAUAUUGUGUGGCUUUUAUGAUUAUGGACAAACAAUGGCUGGAAAGAAACGCGACAUACAUGGAGUUCAAUGAUGUUUUGAAGUCUACUCGAGCCCAGCUAGAGAGAGAACUUCUCAUGGACGAAGUCCUGCGAAUCGAAGACAUGCCUUCAUAUAACCUUCUUUGCUAGCCAAUCUCAAGGACAGGCUGUAGUUCAGGACGAGUUGAAUUCCGCGAGCUCAGUAUUUUCACUCAAGAAAGACUUCUUAUUGUGUGAUUUUACUAUGGAAACAUCUCUUUUAUAAUUUUGAAUUACUCGUGGAAGAAAGGUGAAGCAUCUGGUUUUGCUGCUUUUUGUUUUUUUGGCAACAGUUCUGCUUCUGUUUCACUUGACGGAAAAUGUAUAUCUCGCAUCAGAGGAAUGAAGAUAAAUUCUCUACC